ACGAGGACGCUGGAGGGAGGCGGAAGUCAGCUGUGGUGAGGGGGUUCGAGGCACAGGAAGAAGAGGUCUGGGAGCUGAGAGUGAAACCUCCUCUCCGUACCCAAGAUGUUCACUCCCGGCGGGUCCGGUGGUUCUUCUGUGGCAGUGAGAAGAGGUCAUGGCGCCCAUGCCCUACCCAAGCAACCAGAACGAAGUCUAGCAUCCGCAUUGCCUGGCGCAUUGUCCAUCACCGCCUUGUGCACGGCGCUGGCGGAACCGGCCUGGCUUCAUAUUCACGGAGGCACUUGCACACGUCAGGAGCUAGGAGUAGCAGAUGUUUUGGGAAGUGAGGAUCCGGAGCUGCUAACAGAAUUCUGUAUGAACCGCCAGACCAUCCUUCUCCUCCGUGUCAUCGCUGGAUUCUGCUUCCUGGGAAUCGCUUGCAGCAUGACUGCCUUCCUUCUGGAUGUUUUUGGACCCAAGCACCCAGCUCUUAAAAUUACACGGCGCUAUGCCUUCGCCCACAUCCUUACAGUUCUGCAGUGUGCCACAGUAAUCGGAUUUUGCUACUGGGCAUCGGAGCUCAUUCUCGCCCUACAACAGCAGCACAAAAAAUACCACGGUUCCCAGAUCUAUGUCACCUUCGCUGUCAGCUUCUACUUGGUAGCUGGUGCUGGAGGAGCAUCCAUCCUUGCCACGGCAGCAAACCUGCUCCGCCAUUAUCCCACAGAGGAAGAAGAACAGGCUUUGGAAUUGCUGUCCGAGAUGGAGACCGACUCCUACCCGGCGGAGUACGAUGUCAUGAACCCCUUCCAGCCACCGCCUGCUUACACUCCCUAAGUGGGUGUAUCGAAAAGAGAGCUGACGUUACCCACGAGGCUGUCUCCUUAAACCAGAGAGUGCAGCCGUAUCUGCGGUUGCUUUGUCGAAUGGAGGACAUUGCAGCCAAAUCGCCCUAGAUACGGACACAGACGGUUUAUCCCAUACAGGAUGGCUGCCGUCGCAGACUUCGCAUUUCACUUCCUGUUCAACCUGUUAAAUUCCUAUUCUAUUUCUGUGAUUGUUCGCAAGACCCGGGCUCGUUUUACACUGCCUUUCUCUUAGUCUGCUAAAAAGAUGUCUAACGCAGAACCUUUUGAAAUGAAUAAGUUGCUUGAAUCUUGCACUGCUGUCAGUGUCUGGUUCUGACAGAUGAUGGGUAAUUGUUUCAUGUUUACAUCCAUACCCUGUAAUCUUUUCUGGUACGUGCAAAGGCCAUUACCUAAAGCAAGGCAGGGAAAGACAGUUGGGAUAUAUAUAAUAUAUAUAUAUAUAUAUAUCUAUAUAAUAUAUAUUUCUCACUGCUACAAUAGUAUAUAGAGGAAAUUUUAUGUCCCUGUAUAGUAAAAAA